AUGACUAGUAGAGAUCGUGACAAGUUUCGAAAGUAUAAAAGCGGUAAUGAAAAAAAAAAAAUAAAACAAAAUAAAGAAAAAUAUUUAAAAUUGCAACAAGGAUCAUUUGAGCGAUUUCUUAAGGAUGAUAAAUAUAACAAGAUUGAAAUGGUUGGUGCUACAUCUAGUACAUCUGAUGUUUAUUUACCAGAAAUUGUUGAACACAAUAUUGUCGAGUCUGAGAUUGAAAUGGUUGAUACUACAUCUGAUGUUAAUUUACCAGAAAUUGUUGAACACAAUAUUGUUGAGUCUAAGAUUCAAAUGGUUGAUACUACAUCUGAUGUGAAUUUACCAGAAAUUUUUGAACAGAAUAUUGUUGAGUCUGAGAUUCAAUUGGUCGAUGCUGAUGUUAAUUUAGUGAAGAACAUUAACAAAGAACUGGAGAGUUUUGUUCAAACAAAUGAAAAAGAUACCACUUGUGAUGUAAUUACAACUUCUUAUGAUCACUCCGAUCCUGCAAAUUGGCCUCAGCUGUUAACUAAUACAGAUAAGUAUGAAAUUGUAAAACUAGGCCCCGUAAGAGUAGAGAAUUAUGAUUUUCCCAUAACUAACUAUGAAAAUGGUCAAAAAAGAAGGUUUACUGCAAAUAAUUACUAUCGUAAGUUAUCAAAUUGUGAUAUGAUUGAUAGAAAAUGGGUUGUUUAUUCCAAAGUUAAAGACUCUGUUUAUUGUUUUCCAUGCAAAAUAUUCCAACAAAAUAAACAAAAUGAGAGUCAUUUGUGUAAUAUUGGUCUAAAAGAUUGGAAACAUCUUUCAGAAAAAUUAAAAUCCCAUGAAAGUUCAAAGAUUCAUUUUCAAUCAAUUCAAUCUUGGAUGGAGUUAAAUGUAAGAAUAUCUAAAAACUUAACAAUUGAUAAAGAACAUUUGGCCAUUAUUGAAAAGGAAAAAAAUCACUGGAGAAAUGUUCUUACUCGUAGGACCAUCGGAUGUCUUAUUUACUAA